UUAAUGCUAUUUCUGUUUAGUUGAACCAAGAAGCUGAAAGUUUAGAUUGGACGAGAUCAAGAAGUCACACACUGAGUGGAGUGCAGUAUCCAGAGCAUUGUGAAGAAAAUUUCUAUGUUGGAGGCAGAAGUAAUUCUUCUCAGAAGCUUGGAGGAAAUAUGUCAGAUCGGCUUCCAAGUGCUCGUACAUCUUCAGUGGCUGCUGCUUAUCAACGUCUAGCAACUGCUUCUCAUGAUAGUGUGUAUGAAGUACAUGAAGAAUCACACCCUGAUGAUUCCCUCCCCCAUAUGCAAAAAGAAUCCAGCCAUGUGGAUUUUGUGGGAAAAGGAAACUUAGAGAUCGGAAGUUCACACAAAAUUCAGUGGAAACCUGAUAUGGAGCCUGAUCCUGAUGACCAGUCUGGUAAUCAGAACAAUUUUGAGCCCAGUCCUGAUGAAUCUUCCUCACAAUCUUCGAGAAGCGGGACCCUUUUUGGACAAGAUUUCAGUGAGUCUAUGAUGUCUCAACCUGUGUCGCAUUCGGUAAGUAACAGGAAGUUGGAAGGGACAGAGUCUCGUGAAGAACCAGAUGCUGAUUACAUGGAAGCUUGCUUGAAGCAUGAUGUUGUAGCUGAACCUGAACCUUUUCACUCUCACGAGAUAGAGAUUUUGGAAAGCAGGAUUCAGCCAAGGAAUAAUGUGGACGAACCUGAUCCUGAUGACUUGGAUGCAAAACCAGAUGAUUUAGGAUGUGGUUCUUAUGGAAAUAUCAUAAGACCUAACCAUGAUGAUUCUUUGGUUAGUGAAACUAUCAAAUAUGAAGCCCAUCCAAGGAAGGUUCAUAAUGAACCUGAUCCUGAUGAUUCUCAAUCAAAUGGAGUCAUUCUGGCAGAGCCUGAUCCUGAUGAUUCUCAAUCAAUUGGAAUCAUUCAGGCAGAGCCUGAUCCUGAUGAUUCUCAAUCAAUUGGAAUCAUUCAGGCAGAGCCUGAUCCUGAUGAUUCUCAAUCAAUUGGAAUCAUUCAGGCAGAGCCUGAUCCUGAUGAUUCUCAAUCAAUUGGAAUGAUUGAUGAUUUGCAAUCAAAUGGAGUCAUUCAGGCAGAGCCUGAUCCUGAUGAUUCUCAACCACUUGGAAUCAUUCAGACAGAGCCUGAUCCUGAUGAUAAUUUGGUGCAUCCACGGGAAAUAUCCAGAAUGCAGAUUGAUGAACCUGAUCCAGAUGAUGAAGAAUUUCAAAGAAUUCAAGACCCUGUGACAGUUUUUUGUAAACGCUUACAGGAGAACAUUGAGUUGCUGCAAGCUGAGGUUAAUCCCACUCAGGCUACCACAGUCCUCCAAACUCUCUUUAAGAUAAUUAGGUACAGUAAUCUAAUUUGACUUUUAGCUUGUAGCCUUCCUCCAUGCACAUAUAGAAUUUUUUGAUUGGUGUAUCACCAGCUGGUUUUAUCUUUUAUUUUUUACAAUGAGCAUGGGAUGGGUCACAUUUAUAUCCAGUCUCUUGCUUUGAAGCAACUUAUGGAACUCAGGAAGCCCCUACAUAUAAACUGCAUUGUUAUGUCAAUCUGUUGUUGUACCUUUCU